AUGGCGGAAUCCUUGCACAACGCCCCGAUUGUGCUCGACAACGGAUCUGGAACCAUUCGCGCAGGUUUCGCUGGCGAGGAUGCGCCGAAGUGCUUCUUCCCUUCCUUUGUUGGACGACCGAAGCAUCUCCGAGUGCUGGCAGGAGCUUUGGAGGGCGAGGUAUUCAUCGGUCAGAAGGCGGCGACAGAGCUAAGAGGGCUCUUGAAGAUUCGAUACCCCUUGGAGCAUGGCAUUGUCACCGAUUGGGAGGAUAUGGAGAGGAUAUGGGAGUAUGUAUAUGGCGAGGGGCUGAAGACAUUGAGUGAAGAGCACCCCGUCCUCCUCACCGAACCGCCUCUAAACCCCCGCAGCAAUCGCGAUAUGGCUGCCCAGAUCCUAUUCGAAACCUUCAAUGUACCGGCGCUCCAUACAUCCAUCCAGGCCGUGCUCUCCUUGUACGCCAGUGGCCGGACGACGGGAAUUGUGCUCGACUCGGGAGACGGUGUCUCGCACGCCGUACCGGUCUACGAGGGAUUUGCGAUGCCCAGCAGUAUCCGCCGAAUUGAUGUCGCUGGUCGGGAUGUCACAGAAUACCUGCAGAUGCUGUUACGGAAGAGUGGCUUUGUGUUCCACACCAGUGCGGAGAAGGAGGUUGUGAGAUUGAUCAAGGAGACUGUAUCAUACGUGGCGCAUGAUCCUAAGAGGGAGGAGCGGGAGUGGCUGGGAUUAAAACACCAUGAGAGCAAGGCGGUAGAUUACAUCCUGCCCGAUGGUCACAAACUCAAGGUCGGUGCUGAGCGUUUCCGAGCGCCGGAGAUUCUUUUCGACCCCGAGCUUAUCGGCCUGGAAUACCCUGGUGUGCAUCAAAUCGUUGUUGACGCCAUCAACCGUACCGACCUAGAUCUUCGCAAAUCUCUGUACAGCAACAUUGUCCUCUCGGGUGGAAGUACUUUGACCAAGGGCUUCGGCGACCGGUUACUAUCAGAAGUGCAGAAGCUGGCUGUCAAGGACAUGAGGAUCAAGAUCUUUGCGCCGCCAGAGCGCAAGUAUUCGACAUGGAUUGGUGGUAGUAUUCUGGCCGGUUUGAGCACAUUCCGCAAGAUGUGGGUGAGCAUCGACGAUUGGCAUGAGAAUCCCGAUAUUAUCCAUACCAAGUUCACAUAG